AUGUCGUUCGGUAAAUUGCCUCCCGAGGUGCACUCCAUGAUCCUUGGGCUAGUCGCCGACAACUCAACAUGGAGAGAAGGAUUACCGCUUCGAGGUGUUAGCCGUCUAUUCGAUCGCGAAAUCCAGGCUCAAUACUUUGACUUCGGCAAAAUACACACCAGUAUGGACGAGGAUACUGACCGAAUAACGCUGAGAAUGGGGCUCCAGCACCUGUACCGACUGUUAAAGGGACAAAUAUGCGCCAAACACGCGAGAACUGCCCUUAUCAGCCAACUGAAGGGCGCCGUUAAAAUCCUUAUGUCGACUCCCACUUUCCACGUCACCGACGAUUUCCAAGCAAGAUAUGUUUACACCAUCAAUGGUACAGUACGACUCCAGCCGGGAGAUCGCAUGUCUCAAACUGCGUCCAUGGUCGCUCUCGGAGUCCUCGAUUUCGUCGCCGGGGACGACCACUCCCGCUUGUGUGUGCCGCUGGCUCGUCUUACCAGAAAUCCACGGCAGAUCGACCCGCUUUCUUGGGCCAUAGUGACGGCGAUUUCCAUGAAAGACAGUGCCACCAUCGAAGCUCUUGUCGAGCAAGAGCCUCAAAUCAGCGUUCGAAACCAUAUCCUUGCUGAUCCCUUACGCUUUGCCGUGACCAGCCGUUGGUAUGAUAUGGUCCGAUACCUUCUGAAACACGGCGCGGACGUAAACACUCCGAAUCACCAUUCACACUGUUCGCCGAAAUACGAGCGGAGGCUGAUUGAGCAGCCUUGUCUCUCAGGUGAUGUCAGAAUGGCUGCACUACUGCUUGAUCCCCAGUAUGGCCUCAAACUCGACGCAGCAGAGUGCGACAGGCUGUUGUGGUCGACCGUGCGGAAGCUUUCCACAAAUAAUACUAAUGCCGAUUCAUAUAUCGACAUCAUUCGCCUCUUCUUGAAGGCAUCACCAGCCAACAAUCAAGGCUCUGUUCAGCACCUUGUCGUGCAUCUUGCUAUUGUGUGCGACAUACCGGCGCUGAUUCCGAUCGUUGAUGAGAUGGGCUAUGACGUGAAUGAGACCGAGGGUGGCCGGUCGCACCUGUCGCUGGCUGCAGCCCGCGGUCAAAGCGAGGUGGUCCAGGUACUGCUCGACAAUGGAGCGCGGCACAGUCUCGACAGUGACCACGACGCUGUCAGGGCAGCCUGCGUUAAUGGACGGGCAAAUGUGCUUCGCAUCUUACUCACACGGGUAACGACGAUCGACGAAUAUGGCCAUGCAUUAGCCGCGGGUCAUUUCCUGCUCGCUGCCAAGGCAAGCUGCAGCGACCCCGAGACGAUGUCGCGUUAUAUCGGAGUCAUAGACUGUCUCUACGAGCAUGGAUUGGACCUCACCGCAGCCAACUGUGGCGUCAAGGCCCUCAGGUUUGCGGUUGAAAACAAACACGACGUACUUAGGACGAAUCUUCUCGAGAAGGGAGUUCGUCUCCCCGAUGCUACAGAAUUUUGUAGACCUCGCGGCAGGGGGAAUGGCUAG